AGUAAACCAACUGCCCUGUUUGUACCGUGAGGCGGAAGUGUUUAUAAAUCUAUAAGGCGAUCUGUAAACAAUCAUCUUUUAAUUUUUACGUAAAAGUAGUUUUUGUAUUGUGUUUUUGUGUAAAAGUCACCAUGUCUGGUUUAAUCCAUCCUACUGAGAGGAUUUAUAGCCUUAUUCCCAGAGAGGAGGCCAGAAGGGAAAAAGCUCCAAGAUACACGUCGAGGUUCAGGGAGCAGGUGAAGCAGGAGAAACAGCAGAACAAAGCCUCCAACAAGACCAUGGGUCCAGCUCAAGUGGAGAUACCUUCUCCAGAGAAAUACCUGCAGAAACACUCCAAAGAGCCCAAAAUUCCUGAGAAGAAAACGUUCUCAUACAGAGACGUCCAGCCCAGGAAGCCACCGGUCCCCGCCAAAACCGAGCGGCCGGUCCCGGGCGUCCACAGCAAGAGAGACUUUGUAAGAAGUAACGCGAUGGAGAACAUCAUGGCAGUUCCUCGAAAACCUCAGCCUGCGCACACACACACCAAACAUGGAGACACGGAGCUGCUGGAGAACUCAGGCCUCGUCCCCAAGUACAUCAGGAAAGAGGAUUACGGACAGAUCCCGCAGUACCUGACUCAGAGACAGGAGGAAGUGAGGCAAGCGCAGGAGGAAUACGAUCGCUACAUCAAGGAGAGGAUGAAGGAGGGAGCCAUGAAGCAGCUCUCUGAUGAGGAACGGCAGGAAAUACUCGAUGGGCUGAAGAAGAACUGGGAUGAGCUUCAUCACCAGUACCAGGGUCUGUCUGUGAUCACGGACACAAUGCCUAAAAAACACAGGAAGGAGAGACUAGAGUCAGAGAUGAAGCAGCUGGAGAAAGACAUUGCGCUGAUGGAGAGAUACAAAACCAUCUACAUCGCAAAAAACUGAUCUCAUGACAUUACCUGGUCACACCUGGACACACCUGGACACACCUGGACACACCUGGUCAUCUGCAGGACUGUGAAUAUGCUGUGUUUGCAAAAAGCAGAAAAAUAAAGAUUUAACUGAUUUUCUCAUCUGCUCUCAUAUGAAGUCUCUGUGACGAUUCUGCAGAACACACACACACACACACAGACACUGGAGACUCUUUACACACACACACACACCUCAUUGUGUAAACGUUGCGAUGAUGUCAUCCUGAAGUGCUUUAUUCCUCUUACUCCACA